CUCCCUUUUGCUCUCAAUCCUCAACCACCUUGUCUAUCAAACAUUAUAAUUUCUAUUACAUACAUUUUGUAGCUAGGAUGAGCAAGUUACUACUCAUUCGUGUUGCUGGGUUCGUGGCAACCUUUGUCACCAUGGUGAUGAUGAUGGUGCCCAAAAACGUGAGUGCCCAAAACAUAGGUGAUGACAUCGUCACACAAGACUUCUUCAACAGCAUAAUCAGUCAGGCUGAUGAUGGUUGUGCAGGGAAGAACUUCUACUCACGAGAUGCUUUCCUUAAUGCUCACAAUUCCUACAAUGAGUUUGGUAGGCUUGGUAAUCAGGAUGACUCCAAGCGUGAGGUUGCAGCUGCUUUCGCCCAUUUCACCCAUGAAACAGGACAUUUUUGCUACAUAGAAGAGAUUAACGGUGCAUCAGGGGACUACUGUGACGAGAGCAACACCGAGUACCCAUGUGCCCCUAACAAAGCGUACUAUGGGCGUGGACCAAUCCAACUAUCAUGGAACUUCAACUACGGACCAGCAGGGCAGAGCAUCGGAUUUGAUGGAUUGAACGCUCCAGAGACGGUGGCCAAUGACCCUGUUGUGUCCUUCAAGACAGCCUUGUGGUACUGGAUGGAACAUGUGCGUCCUGUCAUCAACCAGGGUUUUGGUGCAACCAUUAGAGCUAUCAAUGGCCGACUUGAAUGUGAUGGUGCAAACCCUAGUACUGUUCAGGCUCGUGUUAAUUACUACACCCAGUAUUGUUCACAACUUGGUGUUUCCCCUGGUGACAAUCUUACUUGCUAAUUUAUCAGUAUAGAUGGUUCCAUAUGAUGACAUCAUACAUUCAUACGGUAUAUCUUAACAUAUAUCAGAAAAUAAACCAUUCAAGGCUUACAGCCUUAUUUUGAUUAUUAAUGUAAUUACUACUUUUGGGAAUAUUGUAUCUGAUUACCAUCGAUAUUGUGCAUCCAAUAUUGAAUAAAAAUACGUUAUUUCUGUGAUAA